AAUGGAGUUGCUUUUCAUGCUGAUUUUCGCUUUAAUUCCUAUGGUAAAAAUUGCGCAAGGCUUAAUUAGAAAUGAUACGCAAGGAAAGUUUUCCACUGAUUUCGUUUGGUUUGAUGGAACACCAUUGAAUUUUCAUAAUUUCGACAAUGGCGAAAAUAAUUACAUGAACAACGAACCCUACGUAGUCAUGGAAACAAAAACUGGAAUGUGGUUAGACGUUCCUGAGACGUAUAGCAAUCCUGGCUAUAUUUGUGAAAUAUCAGAAAUUGAUAAGAGUGGCUGUAGACCUUAUUGGCACGUUCUAAAGAAGUAUAAAGAUCCUAGACCAUCCGUUAAAUUCGAGGGUCCAUUAGAGAUUUGUCUUCAAGACUGCUUUUCUGGUAAACUCGGCAAUUGUUCUAGUAUUUCGUGGAAUAUUAUUACCAAACAAUGUUUUAUACAUUCGACAAAAGUUUUUGCUGAGGAUUUUGAUAAAUUAAUCUUUGAUUCAACAUUUAACAUUUAUCAAUGGGAAUGCGAAGGCAAUACGGCGCCAUUUUGUAUGAAGGAAAGUACUGUUAUAGAUAAUCUUCCUGAAUCGAGUUUUACAGCAUCUACUGUAAAUGUUUUGGAUCAGUCUCAACCUCAACAAGCCAAAGUUGAAAGUUUCAAACAAGACAACUUUCUGGGAUGUUUUAGACCACAAAACAUAAACCUAUUCCAAUGGCUUCAAGUAGAUCUCAUAAAUCUUUACAAUAUAACUGGAUAUCAUAUUCUAGGUGGAGAGAGACACGGCAAACAUACAAUAGAGAAUCAUUACUUUUUGCAUAGUUUGAAUUGUUUAGAUUUUUCUUGGUACAAUAGAAAAGAAACAAAAGAAAUUAUUGAAAUGAUUGGUCAUAAAUUCUGGUCUCUGGCUAGGGUUAUUCUCUUCAAAUUGCCAAUUGUUUUACGUUGUUUUCGCAUUAAUCCCAAAAGUUGGCACUUGACACCGGAUUUCCGUUUAUCAGUUCGGGGUUGUCAGCUGGAUGAAAACAUUUCAGUUAGAGAUCUGGAAGGAGUUGCAUUGGGAAUGGAGUCGGGUCUUAUAGAUGAUAUGCAAAUAAGCGCAAAACAUAUUACGACUAGUACUACUUAUCACUAUGCCCCUUUUCUAGCAAGAUUGAGAGGCCGUGCCAGUGAUUAUCCUUUCCAGAAACAGUGUUUUAUCCCAGUCAAGAGUGACGAUUGGUUCGAUGUAACAUGGUCAUUGCCCAUUCAAUUCUAUGGGUUGAGUGUAGCUCCGUCCGCAACUUCCGCAGGUUAUCUUAAAAAAUUCUCUCUGGCUGUAGCCUACCAUAUUGAAGACAUGUUGGAAAAGGUCAAAAAUAGCAAUGGAGAAGUCUUACAGUUUUCUGGAUCAAUCGAAUGGCAAACGCUCACCCCAAUUCAAGUAAGAUUGGACGAGCCUAUAAGAGCUAGAUAUGUUCGUAUUUACUCAGAUAGCGUCAUCGGCUCUGGAUGUGCGUUAUUUGAAUUUUAUGGGAAAUUAGAUGCCGUUUGUCCAAGACUUGACCUUGAAAACAAUGCAACAACAACGGCAACUUGUCCUAUGCAACAGAAAACGACAAAUAUUUACAAUAAAACGUCAAAUUCAACUUAUAAAAGAGUGGAAUCUACAAUCGUCAUUGAAUUUCAUUUAUUAUAUCAUUUAACAGCUGUUCAAAUUCAAUUUUCAAAUACACCAAUUCCAGAAUGGAGCAUAGACUGGUCUAGGGGCAAUAACGUUUGGAGACCAUUGGAUAAAUAUACAAUUAACCGAUUAGACGAUGAUAAAACCUUUAAUAUAACAUUACUAAAUCUUCAUUCGGCAACUAAAUUACAAUUAAACUUCUGGAGUUUAGCUAGUAAUUUCGUUAUCCCGUGCGUUGAGUACUUUGUUAAUGCAUGCGAAGCUGAAGCUUGUCCACCAAAUACAAUAGAAUACGGUGAAUCAUGCUAUCAAUACUUUCCUGGUUCAAUCUACGGUAGUUCGAAUGAUGAUACUAACUUGAUAAGGAGUAUUUGUAGGAAUGUUGUCUGGUCUAGUGAAGCAUACGUCAUUGAAAUUUCCUCAAUAGAAGAAGAUUCACUUGCCGUAUAUUUAAUGAGAAGAUUAACAUCUAGAAUAUUUAUUGGAUUGAUAAGAAAUGAUUCCAUUGCGCAAACUAGUCGAAUGAAGAAGCUAAAUUCAAACGUUAAUUGGCAGUGGACUAAUGACGCUCGGCAUAAUUUUACAAAUUUCGAUCGUGAUUACAUGACCGGGGAGCCUGACAUUCCUUCACAAUAUUGCGCAUUUUCUUCAAAUCAAGGCUGGCAUAACGUAGAUUGUUCUGUUUAUAGUCAUUAUAUAUGCGAAAUGAAGGCUAAUAGGAAAAUCGAUGCCCCAAUCAUCAAGUGGUUCUUUCUUCACAAUGCUCGAUUAAAUUCUGCUCAUUUGGCGCAAACCUAUGAAACUGCUCAGGUUGAGGGUUGCUCGUACCUGUGUCAACAUCAAACAAGCUUUAAGUGUAAAGGUUUCAGUUUUAAGCUUAAGAAUACUGAUAGAAAAUGCUAUUUGUACAAUGGUACUACCACUUCCGAUACAAAUUCUGAACCGAUAUACGAUACUAGCCAUUGGGACACUUGGGAAAUGUAUUCUAUAGUUGAGGGUGAUGAAAAAGAGGAAGCUUUAAUUAAUGGUCCAACUGGAAUUUCGGAUGGCAACAUUGAAACUGAUGUAGUACUAUAUCCAACCAAGUAUGGAGUAUCUCAAUUGCGGAUGGUUGAUAGACAAUUCUACGGUUUAUCUAACCCAAUGAAUGGCGGCCACUUUCGUCUAUCAUCCGUAAAUUCAUAUAUAAAAUUCAAUUUUGGAAGAAUAGUUAGAAUGACAAGAAUUAAUAUAGAGGGCGCUGGUGGUAGGGAUAAUACGUGGAUAAAAUAUUUCUAUUUGGACGUCAGUAAUAGAACAGAUAUUGUAAAUAUUGUAAAAACGUCUAAGGGAGAACGUCGGAAAUUUUUUGGAAAUAUUAACCAUAAAUCUGUCGUUCAAAAUGCAUUCAAUCCCUACCUGAUUGCUCAAUACGCUGUAUUUUAUCCUGGAAUUUAUCAAGGAAGAUUGGCGUUAAGGCUUGAAAUAUUUGGUUUCAACUACAGCAGUGGUAUUGAUGUUGAUAAAUUCACAAAACCGCUCGGUUUAACAAAUCUUUAUAUAUUACAUUCUCAAAUGUUAUCCGAAAAACUGUUCAACUUAGAUUACGGAAUUCACGAAAUUCGGUUGGGUUGUAUACCUGUUUUUCAAACUUUUGGAUAUUAUAUUUCAUCGGGAAAGUGGCAAUUUGAUCUGGGAAUUCAACAUCAUAUUGUAAAAGUUAUAUCAAGUGGUCAGUGUAAUGGAAACGGCUAUUUGAAAAGCUUUGGAGUGAUGUAUACAAAUGAUCUGGUUGAAUGGUACGAUCAUACAACAAACAAUGGAGAAAUAAAAAAAUAUACUGUUCAUCAUUCAAACCAACUUUUUCAAUUGGUAUUUCAUCAGCCAAUUAUCGCUCGUUAUAUAAGAUUCACUUAUACUGGAGAGUAUCAUAUAGUUAGUAGUAUUACUAUGGAGUUGUAUGGUUAUCCAGCUAAACAUCCAAAAUUGAAUACAACUGAUAAAUUCCCUAAGAUCAUUAUUGCAUCAUCCUACAAAAGUUUGGCUACUUCUCCUAAAAUGGCACUCAAUACUAAAGAUACCUUUUGGUGUAUGAGCGACAGUGACACGGGUGCUUGGUGGUUUGUUGACUUUGGUGUGAUAUACUAUAUAGAAAGGAUUUUCAUAUAUUAUAAAGAAAGCUUACAAUGGGAUAACUGCAAUGAUACUUUAAUAUAUGGAGCUCAGUACAAUAAAACAAAUAUGAAUAGAAUUGAAGAGGAAAUAACGUGUGAGUACGAAAUGAAUAGAACUGUUAUUUUCUCGUCGCCUGCUUUGAGGUUUCGCUUCAUCCGCCUAAACUUUAAUAAAAGACACGAAGAAUGUAUGAGAUUUGAAUUUUUUGGUGAAAAAGCGCCAGUUUGUCCACCAGGUUCGGUAAGAAAUUUGAAUAAAUGUUAUACAACUUCCGAUGUACAAGGAACGUUUGAGGCGUGUCGUAAAUUCUGUCAGAAUGGAUUUAGUUGGAAAGGUGAAGGCAAUUUGGUAAUGCCAAAAACUACAAUAGAGAUAGACUUUGUUAAAAGACAUUUCGUUUUGAAUAAGAAGAUGUACGGUAUCUAUAUAGGUGCUAAGCAAACAACGCUGGAUAAAUUUGUUUGGCUGGAUGGAACAAAAGUUACAAACUAUUUAACAAGAGCUUCAAAUUAUGUUCCUGUCUACACUUGGCCUUGUAUUAUCGCUAGAGAUUUCUUUGAUAGAAGCACUUGCAAUGAUUUGGCAUAUGCAAUGUGCGAAACUUUACCAAAUUUACCAGACGAUGAGAGAGAUUAUACUGCUGAGGAAAAAUGUCAGCCUAUAUAUAGUCUAAAGCCAAAUUAUAAUCCAUUGGUUAGUCCUAAAGCGUAUAUAGAUCAUACCUAUCUGAGAACUUGCUUGGACUAUUGUCUCUCCCAGCAGUUUUGCUUUGAUGAUAAAAGUUCUAGAUUAAUGCCGGAAGGAAAUGACGAAAGUGAACAAGAAUUUAAUGUAACAGUCAACAUUUACGGAGCGUAUAAUCACAUACACGUCAAUUACUUGGUGGGAAGUAGUCGCACUUCUAACGUACCAGCAGUGUGCUCGCUAGCGUUGAGCACCGAAUGCUAUUUGGAAGUGAAUUUUAACAGAUUAGUAAGAUUAACUGCCUUUACUACAUCCGGCAGAUAUUCUUUUAAUCAAUAUACAAAGACAGCGCAGAUUUUUUACAAAAGAUCUUCAUAUGACCAAUGGUUAGCCAUAAGGGAUAAGGACGGUGAUAUAAUUAAUUAUUUUAUACAAGAAAGCUCAGAUUAUUAUAAUCAUAUAGAAUUCGCUCCAAACAUUGUUUGUGAGUCGUUAAGAUUCAAUCCAACUAGUAAAAAUAACUAUGCUUCUCUUAUUCUUCAACUGUAUGGAAGAUAUUUAAAUGAAGAUGAAAUUCCAAUUUUUACUCCUAAAUGCAACCAUCCACUGGGUAUUGGCAACACAAACCAAAUGCAUGCUUCGCAAAUAACUUCUCCAUCUUAUACCAAGCCCUACUAUAUAUAUAAUAUUAAACUGGAUAGCGUAAACUGUUGGAUUACCAAUUCGCCACCACCAAAUGACUAUAUACAAAUAGAUUUAGGUCAUGUAUACCUUGUUACAGGUUUUAUUUCCCAAUCCUGUAAAAAUCAAAAGUAUUAUAUUUACGACUUUUCGGUCGAGUACUCAUUAUAUAGAAUUCAUGGAUGGAAAAUGUAUGAGGAGCCUCUAAAUCGUAAAACACUUUAUCUUAGAAGUAAUCCUACUUUGACGAGAAAUAUGAAGUACUUGUUACUUUUUAACAAUACAAUAGAAUCAAGAUUUAUGAGGUUCACACCAAAACAAUGGCUAGGGAAGAAAGCUUUACGCUUGGAAAUUAUUGGCUGCAUUAAACAACAAGAUCCAGUAAAGAAUCCAUCAAAUGAAUUAGAAAGAAUCCUUAUCCAAGAAGAUUCUGUUCAAGGAAAUUCAAUAUAUUGGGGAAGUUUAUUGAUUAAUGAAAAUGCUAAUUUAGCAUGCCCUAAACAUUUUACCCAACAACAACAACCAAUUAAAAUAAGUCUAAAUUUUAAAACGGUUUACACAGUAACUGGAUUUUCAAUAGUUUCCAAUGCAACCCAACUUAUGAAAUUAACAAUUCAGUACUCAAUCAACUCUGUUGACUGGUAUAACUAUACAAAUGGCAUUGAUCAUUUACAGUCGAAUUCAUUACACCAAGUUUUAUUAUCCAUUCCCAUAAUGGCUGUACACGUUGCGCUCUUUAUUCAAAGUGAAAGUUUCGUUUGCUGGAAAAUAUCUAUUCAUUGUAAAAAGUACUCAGAAUGUCCGCCUGGAUAUUUUGUUUUUGGUAGAAAAUGCAUCUCUCAUUCAUUUUCUACACCAGCCACGUAUGCCAAUUCAAUUGAGCAGUGUAAAGGUAUACCAUGGCUUGGUGAAGGGAACCUAAUUUCACCGAAAUAUGAUGAAAUUCUAAAUGUAUUCCUUCAAGGUUUCUUUUCAAAAAAUUCGCAAAAAACACGUAUGGGAUUAACAUAUAAAACUGGUAAAUAUACCUGGCCUGAUGGAAGUACUCUACCAACGGACGAGAUAAUUCGAUGGCACACAUCAAAAGGAUCCGGUAGUUGUGGAGGUUUUGACAUAUUGUCUGGUUUCUGGAUAAAGCUAUCUUGUAAUUUAGACAAUAUUUUAAUAUCUUGUGAAAAAGAGGCAAUAUUACCAGUUAAUGAAAAAAUUGGACAGUUGUGGACAGUUGUUGAUGCAGCUUCAUUAAAUGCAACUAGCAGUAAAAUGGUUUAUAAAAGUGACUUUAAUACCAGAUUUGACUGUUUAAUGGCGUGUAAUGAAGAGAUCAGAUUUAUUUGUAUUUCAUUUGCUUUUGAUACAAAUACAAAGGAUUGUAUACUUUAUUCGUCAAAUACCUACUCAAAAAACGCUUACCUCAAAAGAGACGUUGACGAUAAAGAUAAACUAUACUUUGAAACUGUUUAUCCUGGUAAAUGCUUUCAAAGGCUUAUUGAAGAAAAGGUUUUGGGAAUAAAAUGGAACGUCUCUUCAGAAUACGACUCAUCAACGGAUAAAACUAAACUACCGCUGCACGUUCGAAAAGGCCCGGAAGGUUUUUGGAGAUCUAGCAAUGAAGAUUUAAAUCCGUGGAUCCUCUUCUAUUUCGAUCAAUCAUUGACAAUCUCUUCGUUCGUAUUACAAGGAACAGGAAAAUUGAAUGAACCCGGAUAUGUUAAAAAUUUCACAAUAGAAUCAUCUUUAAACAAUGUAGACUGGAAGAAUAUUUCUUGGGAUAUCAGUAAUAAUCGUGUUUUUCAAGGGUUGUUCAAUCACUAUUACGCAAGAUUUUAUACAUUUAAAACUAAUCUAAUAACCCGUUUUCUUAAAUUCAAUCUUCUUGAUAAGAAUUUAUAUUUCGCUAUGCAAAUUGAAUUGUAUGGUUGCGUUGAAUUUAUUGCAGAUUGUCUAUCGCUGCAAUCGUCGUCUAACUUUUAUGUUAGAGGAGCCGAUAAGAGUGCUAAAUUAAAAUGUUUUGGAGAUUGGACAAUUCUUGGACAAAAGCUAUCAAUGGAUGGUUUAUUGCCAAAAUCUUGGUCUGAUUAUAAGAAUGGAUAUGAAGAUGACAAAGAAUUCUGGGCUGGCAACCAAUUAGCGAGCUAUUUAACAAAUUUUAGAGAGUAUAAUGGAAGAAUUGAUAUGUGGUCGAAAGAUGGCAGUCACGUGCACAAUGAAUUCCAAGGAAUUCUUAUUGAAUCAGAAAGUAAAUUAUAUUCAAGAACCAUAUCAAAAUUCUUAAGUGGCAGUGCUCAAUCAGCCGACUUUUUAAAUACUGCCAAUUUUUACACAAUCGACAGUGACAAUGAAUUAUCUUGCGCACAAAAUACAAAUAGUGAUAAUGUUGCUCUUGGUAAAAUAGCUUUUCAAAAGACAACUAAAGGGGACAAUAAAGCUAAUCUGGCAAUUGAUGGCAUAUCACUUAGUGAUGCUACACUAGGCUAUUGCGCAAUGGGGGAAUUUACAACCAAUCCUUGGUGGGUUGUCAAUUUACAAAAAGUUUUUAAUGUCACAGGAAUAACAGUUGCGAAUAGGAAAGAUUGUUGCUCUUCCGAAUUAUCCAACUUUACAAUAGGUCUCUCGGAGACGUUUGAUGAAAGUCAUUUUGAUACUUCAGUAUUUAGAUUAUGCAAACAUUACACUGGAGCUAUUGGAGCUGGUGUAAAGCAGACAAUUGACUGCGACGAUGAAUCUAUUAAAGGUUCAUAUCUAGGUAUCUGGAUGGUAGGUGAAAAUCUUAGAUUAACGUUAUGCGAAGUUGAAAUUAACACAAAAACAAAAAAAAUGGAAAAGGCUUUUGGCGAAAAUUGCGAUUCGGAUUCAAACUGUUUUGAACAAAAUACAGUUUGUAUUCCGGAAAAAGAACCCUAUGAUUUGGAUUAUUUACCUUAUUCAUGUCAAUGUUCCGCCUACACUAUUCGCAAAGAUAACAAUUGUUAUCGAGCUACAGACAUUCUUUUGAAGGAGGUUAACUUUGAGGGUGAGUUUAUCAGGGAGGAAGAGAGUAUCGUAAAUUUAACAGCCCUAUUAGUGAAUAAUGCUGGUUGGCCAAUCAUCGAAUCAACUUUACCAAUAACCAACUAUGAUUUUACAAUAUAUAUUUCCGAUUCAGUUAGUAGUAACCUAACCGCAAAAUGGAGGAAAAACGUAAGCUUAUUUUCGGAACAUGGACUAAACAAAGAAUUACUUAGUAGGAUGGAAAAAAAUUCAUCAAAAAGGGGUGAAGCCACUAUAUCUUUAUCAGUUUUCUUCAACUUUCCGAAAUUACAAUGUUUCAACAAGACGUAUAUCUGCAUUAAUGUAUUGGAAUCGCCUUACAGCAAAUAUCUGGAAUGGGAUAAGGCAAACAAUCAAAUUUGUUCUAUAUUUUCAAAUUUUGUAAAUUGCAAACCAGAUUUAGAUUUAUCAAUAUUGAAAAUCACUCUACUUGAUGGGCAACAACAGUUUUAUAGAAGCGUUAUUCAAAAUCAUACUUUUACUAUUACUUUAUUGAAUUUACCUUCAAAUCUUCAUGACGUCAUAGAAUUAUUCGAUGAAUAUUUUAAUUAUGAUAUUGAAAGUGUUUCAACCAGUAGAAUAGAAGAUAUUAAUAGUACAAAUCCUAAUUGGAAGAUGGUAGAACUAGAAUUAAAGCAAAAACAAAAUGGCAUUAAAAUCGGAAAUACUUUAAAUUUAACAAUUCAAAUUUCAACUUAUUUUUCAAGGUCACAGUGCGAAGGUGACUUGUACAUUUGCUUUAGAAUUAUCUCGUCAAAUUCAUCAUCUUUUACGGAAAGUAACAGAACUAAUGAUAUUUUAUGCAUUGACCUAACACCUUAUAAAAAUUGUACACCAGCUGUUGAUAUUGAGGCAAAUCUUACUAUUCCCAGACAAACAAUAGUAAGGGGUUAUAUUCAACAUUUACAAACAUAUUUAAAAUGGACGAAUAUCGAUAAAAGAUUUAGCGUUGAAAACGUUCCAUUCAACAGGAAUAAUUUUAAUAUUACAUUGUUUUUUACUGAUAUUAAUUUGGAAAUGAAUGAUUCAGUACAAUACUAUAAAAGUAUUGUUAAUUCAUCGCUUAUUCAAACAAAUUUAUCAAUCAAUUGUUAUAUUUUAAUGGAAUUUAUUAACACAUUCAAAAUUCCCAGAAGUCUCUGCUCUAAAUACAAAUUUUUAUGUUUCAAAGUUCUACCGGCAAAUGGAUCAUCCUAUAGUCUCCUUCAUUCUAAAAAUAGUCUUUCUUGUACGAAUGUUGAAAGCUAUAUAAACUGUUUAGGCCUAACAAUCAAAGAUCUAAAUCUUAGGACUGUCACUAAUAAUUUAACGGAAGGAACCAUAAGUCAAUUUUCAGUUACAUGGAGUGAAGGAAGUGAUGUAAAUUACAUUGUAAAUUUUACAGACAGAGGAGAUUCAAUAUCAUGGAAUUGGUUUAAAGCAGAUCACGUAGAUUCAUUCGGAUUAAUUGAGAAUAUUAUACAGUAUAAUUUCACAGAGUAUGGUAUAUAUAACGUUAGUUUAACUGCUUGGAAUGAGGCCGGAAUUGAAAUUUGUUGGUUAAUCAAGCUUGUGGAACCGAUAUUAAAGAACCACGUUUCUAUAUACACCGAAUAUACUCCGAAUGAACCUCCUGUACAAGUUUUCUUCUACGCAAACUACAAGUAUGUAAUAAACAAUGAAACAAAGAGUAUACUGAUGACGUGUAUUGUUGAAACUGGUGAAAAUUUCAUCAUAUCUAAAACUGAUAUUCUUACUUUGUCUAAACCGUUAAUUAUUGAUUACAACUAUUUAAACGAUGAAUUUAGAUCAAAGGCAAUAAUAACCUGUAACAAUUCAAUAUCUAUUAUCACGAGUACUCGGAUAAUUAAACUGCAACAGAACGUCAUUGGUUUAAAUAUGAAAUUUCAGGAUAGAUAUUGGUCAUCCUUUGAAAAUAUCUCUUUAGAAUUAACGUUAAAAAAUGGAAGCGAUGUUGAAUAUGAAAUUUCUUUCGGAGAUGGUAGUACUAAAAUUUUGAAGAAUUUUCUAUUAAUGGCAAAUCUAGAACCGUUUUAUGUGUAUUAUUCCUACUCGAUGAUUGGUGAAUAUAAAGCAAUGGCUACGGCUAGAAAUAAAUUUUUCAAUUGUUCGAGUGAAACUGUUGAAAGUGUAAUUAUUCAACAUAAAAUAAAGAAAAUUGAUUUAAUAAUUCGGUAUGAAAAGCCUAGAAAAGUUAAUUUAACAAUUGUGGAGAUGACGAUUGAAAAUGGAUUCAAACCAACAAAUGUAUCGUGUUUAUUGGAAAUGGGAGAUGGAAAUGAAACGUUGCUUCGUAACGUUGAUUUAACAAAAGGAACAUCUGUAUUAUACGAAUAUAGUAGAAUGUUUAAUAAAAGGGAAAGGAGACAUUUAACAUUAGUAGCAAACUGCUCUAAUAAUGUUUCUAAUCAUUCUGUUCAAAAAAACAUUUCACUCGAAGAGGAAAUAACUGGACUUUAUUUUUCAGUCAACAACAAUAUCAUCAAAGUUAAUGAAUCGUUGAAUUUUACACUUUCCCUCUCAACUGGAGUUAAUAUUCUAGCAGUUGUUGAUUAUGGAGAUGGCCAGUCUGAUAGUAAACUGAUAGAUACAGUUUAUAAGAGUAACUAUUGGAUCCACAAAUACGAGAAAGCUGGAAAUUUCAAUGCAAGUGUUUUAGUAAGAAAUAGCGUUAAUGAAUUAACAGCGACAGCGUUACCUUCAACAAUCAUUGUUCAAGUACCUAUUUUUGAUCUUGCUAUCAAUGGGCCAAACAUUAGUUGUUUAGAUGAACAGCCAGUAAACUUUUCAAUGAGAAUUAAUCAACAUAGACAAUCUCCAACAAAUGUUUCUUGCAUCUUUCAACCAACAAAUGAAAAUAUAAUUCAUAAAUUUCGUGUGAGUAAACAACCGUCAAUCAUUCAAAGUCACAAAUACGAAAAAAGUGAUGUUGGUAAAAAUAUUUCAGUUAAAAUAUCAUGUAAGAAUUUGAUUAGUAAAUUUGAAAAUUCACUAAAUUUAUUGGUAUUUGAGAAAAUUAAGAAUUUAUCAGUUAAAAUCGCAAAACCGGCUUACGAAAUAAUGGAAAAUGUAUCUUUAAAGAUUACUGUUGAAGCUGGUUCGUCAGUGAUAUAUAAAAUACAUCAUUUAUCAUCAGUUCUAUUGGAAAAUCAUCCAAAAAUAUUCGCCAGCGAUCAACCAUUACUGGUUAAUCUAUUAUUUUACCAAAUUGGAAAUUAUUCAAUAAUUGUAGUUGGGGAAAAUAAUCCAAGUAGAGAAGAGCAAACAAUUAAGAUAGUUGUGCAGAAUAGAAUUGAAAAUAUUGGCCUAAAAGCAAACAAUUCCGUUUUGUGGACACCUGGAAUUAUUACCUACGAACUCUAUUCUGAAUCUACUCAGAAAAUCCUUAAGGAUAUCUAUUGUAUAUUUGAAUUUAGCAAUGGCGAAUCAACUCAUGAAUUUAUCUCAAAUUGGCCACCAAAAAUUUCAUUUGUAUAUCAGUAUUAUUUUUCAAGAAAUUCAAUUGGCAAUUUAACUACAAAUGUAAUUUGUAGUAAUUUAUUGUCUGUUAAAAACCUACAGAGUUUGUCAGAAAUUAUAUUAGACGCUGUAACAAUAGAACAAUUAACGGCUAAUGAAAGCGUCCUAUUAACAAAUGUAACAACUGUAAUUGCAAAAAUUGGCAGAAUGGCAACUAAUUCGUGUUUUAUCUUUGAUUUUGGCGAUGAUAAAUAUUCAACGAAAAUGGCAUUUGGCGUUAACGACAUCUGUCGGGAAUACGCUUUCGGCGAGUCGAUAAACUUUACUGAAAUUGCCUAUGAUCAAACAACAAUUGUAAUAGAUUAUCUAUACGAAGAGAUAGGAUAUUAUAAUAUUAAAGUCAAAGGAUUUAAUCAUAUAACUAAAGAUGAGAGAAAUUUUACAACAACAGUCGCAGAUUGGUAUUGUUAUAGUCCAAAUGCGUCUGUACCAAUUGGCUAUACUUUUCAAAAUAGACCAUUCAAGGUUAUAAAGAGUAGUCCAGUUGAAAUACCAGUUAACAUAAGUUGGGAUUGUAUGAAAACAAAUAGAAUACUAUACGAAUGGAAAAUUUUCAAAAUGGAUACCAAUUCUUUAGAAUUUACGUCAAAUAAUAAAACAUUGAAUUUAAGAGAAAGACAAUUGUCUUACGGAAUUUACGAAAUUCAAUAUUUUUUACAAAUGUUCAAUCAGCCAUUUGCCAAUAAUACUUAUAAAUAUUAUUUAGAAAUAAUACCCAGUCCUCUAAUUGUAAACAUUGACAAUAACAAUUGGACAACUGCCGAAUUUCUUACGAAUAAGACAUUUAAUGCUGAAUUCUUCAGUUUCGAUCCGGAUAAUGAUCCUAAUGAAAAAUUGAAGGAUACCUAUUUCAAGUGGUAUUGUAGGAAAAUCGGCGAAAAGUUACCAACGAAUGACAAACAUAUAGGAGUAGAUUUUUUAAAUGUACCUCCUACUUUGAAUGAAUUUCAAGAAAAUGGAGGAUGCUUUGGAAAUGGUCCUGGAUUUAUUGAAAAUGGUGGAAAUGGAAAGUUGACUUUAAAUACUUAUUACAUGAUACCAAAUACAACAUAUAUUAUUAGCGUUAAAAUUCUGUCGAAUAUUGAAAAGAGAGAAGCGACUUAUGAGCAAAUGUUCUAUUUACAACCAUUCAAAAGACCAACACUUAAAAUGAGUGAUAUAACCACUGGAAACACAUCACGUGAUGAGAUUGAAAUUAAAGGUAGUACUCUUCUUCCUGGUACUCUGUAUAAUUUAAUUGUUGAAGGAAGAAUGAUGGAAAUUAACAAUAACGACUAUGGAUCAGUAAAUGAAACAUUUCUUAUGAAUAGACCACCGUUCGGUGGUAAUUGCAAUUGCCAACCUAGAACUGGUUUUGCGUCAAUAACCAAUUUUGAAAUAAGCUGUCGAGGUUGGCAGGAAUUUAAAAAAUUAAAAAAUUCGUCAGGUUUAAAAUACGAGUAUAGGGCAAGACCUCAGGGAAGAAAACAGAGUUUCUUACUCUACUUUUCAUAUAAUCAGGAAGCUGUACACUUGAUGUUGCCAGUUGGUAAUCCAAAAAAUGGAAUUACUGAAACGGUCAUAAGCGUAAUUGAUUCGAUUGGUGAUCAAUAUGAAUAUAUAUUUGAUGUUCAUGUCCAACCGCCUCCUAUCCCUGAAAAUAAACUAUUAGACUUGACCUUGGAUAUUGUAUCGAAUGAUAAUUUAAAAUUGCAGUUGAACGCUGGCAACAUAAAUGUUGCUAAUCAUAUUGGAAAGUUAAAUACUGUAUUAAAUAGAAACAAACUUUCUAAAAGAAUCAAACAGGAUAUAUCAAUAAGCCUACUAGAAACAUCCAUUCUAACAACUACUGCAGCUGAUAGUUAUAAGGAAGAUGUACAAGAUAAAGAGGAGAUCAUUAGCCUUAUGAAUGUUAAUAAUUCAUCAUCAACUUUAUUCUUUUGCGAUAUAAUCUCAAAUGAUGAUGAUGAUGAUUCGAAAAUUGCAACAAAUCUAACAAAAACAACUUUCAAUAAUAGUAGUAAUGACAAACUGAGAAAUGUGAUGACAAAUGUUGUCAAGAUCAUUCAUAAUGUCAGUGAUGAAUUGCUAUUAGAACAGAGAGUGGAUGAGCAAGCUUUAAAUGUUAAAUUUGAAAAAAUGAGCAUCACUAUUGAGAAAAUAUCUUCAAUGAAUAUUAAAUACAAUGAUAGCGAUACGUCAAAAUUUGGAUCAGUAAAAUUAAAUUCCUUUGAAAAUGGCAAUCAUUCUUGUAUUACAAGAACAUUAUUAAUAUCAGGUAUUAAUCCUUAUAUGUGGGAUAAAUCUGCUUUGAAUGUUACGUCAUCCAUUGCCGAAUUCCAAAUUCGGCCUUGUAAUUCAAUAUUAAAGAUUGAAGAGAGAAGAAAGAAGAGAAGUAUCCAUAUUCCCCAAACUAAUUACUCUCUUAGUUUAAAUAUGAAGAAUCCUUAUAAAGGUUUUCAAUACGUAAACACAACAAAUCAGUCAGCCAUUCAUACUCUAAAUGCGACAAGGAACGCUCUAAUACUGACGUUUAAUUUAAAUAGCGAUGAUGCAAUCUCAGUGCUCAUUGGUUAUAAUCUAAAACCAAAUAGAGAAAUGAAUAAUGCGUCAUAUAUCUUACCAAAUUUGAAUAAGACGUGUUCAUUUAAUUUUGAUCAAGAAGAAGAUUGCAACGAGUAUAGAAGAACAAUUAUGCUUAGACCGGAAGUAAAUCAAACAGUUUUUGCCGUUGUUUCGUGUUCCAACUGCUCAAAGCAAAUACUCAAUUAUAGUAUUCAAAUGUCUUAUCCAUUGUGUAAAUUGUGGAACGGGAAUGUUUGGCAAGAAAGCGAUUCGUGUAAAGUCAACGAAGAGACGACAGCGUCGAAAACAAAAUUUACAAGCAAUCUGUUUGGGAGUUUGGGUGCCGAAUUAGAAUUGGCGCCAAAUCUUAUAGAUUUUUAUACAAUAUUCAACGACUUUACAAAUAAAUUGGCAAAUAAUGCAGCUGUCUUUGGAACAAUAUGUUCGUUGUUUGUUCUGUUCAUUCCUCUUGCGUUACUAGUAAGAAGAUUGGAUAAAAGAGAUAAGCUACGUUGGACUCCUUUACCAUUAUUGGACAAUUAUAAAAAGGAUACAAAUGAAUACGAAGUACACGUCUACACCGGAAAUCAGAGGAAAGGUGGUACCAAGUCCAAAGUGGCUUUAACAUGCUAUGGGAGUCAAAGUAUUACCGGAAAUAGGAUAUUAAUUUCGCAGGAAGUGGUCUCCUUUAACGCGGGAAGUGUAAGAUCAUUUAUUAUGACAACAAAUAGUGCUAUUGGAUCAAUCAUCUGUAUUAAAGUCUCCCUUGAGAAAGAUAACAAUUCAGCGAAAGAGUACGAUCCUUGGUUCUUAUCAAGGAUAAUCAUCAUUGAUAAAGUUGCAAAUGCUUGGUAUAAUUUUGAUUGCGAUCAAUGGUUGUCGCCUAUACACGCCGAUUGUCAAGUAGAAAGAGUUCUCAUUGCGAGAAGAAACGAGGAAAUAAUGAAUGUAGAUGAAUUAUUUAAGAGAAAUUUAAGGCAAAGAUUAACAAAUGAUCAUUUAUGGGUGUCGGUUGGAGCGAAAAGAUCUAAAUCUCAAUUUACAAGAUUUCAAAGAUUAACAGUUUGCUUUGUUGCUCUAUUUUUGUCAAUGAUUGCCAGUUGUAUGUUUUACAAAAAUUCUGGAGAGGCUAAAGGUCACGUUGGAUUGUCAUUCGGUCCGGUUACUUUUACUGUCUAUGAAUUAUAUGUUGGUUUGGCGAGUAGCGUUGUUGUAUUUCCUGGACUGGUUCUGAUUACAGUACUCUUUAGUUCGAAAAAAUGGAAAAAGUAUACCGUUCCUUUGGGAUGGAUUGUGGCAAUUUUAACGACAAUCGUAGCGGCAUUUUUUACAAUUUUAUAUUCUAUACAAUGGGGACAGGAGAAAUCACUACAAUGGUUGAUAUCGUUCCUUUUAUCAUUCUUACAAAGCAUCGUUUUAGUUCAACCAAUCAAAAAUAGAUCAAUAGCGAAUGUCAUAUCAAAAAUCCAUGUGGUAAAGAACUAUGAACAAUUUUGGAAUUGGAUGGAAAAGAACGCAAUUCCCCAACUCUAUCCAAAAACCCAUUAUAAUAAUAAGAAUCUAUCUACGUACGAUUUAAAGUAUACGGCUGAAUUGAAUCAUAUGAGAUUUUCAUCAGUCAGACUCUUUCAGAAGAGAGUUAAAAAACACCAAUGCGAAACUAUUGCAAGUAUGAAAAUACUAUUGAAAAGCUACAAAUGUUUUGGAUACUAUUCAAAUUCUGCUAGUAGUACUGGGAAUUUUUCUGUCAAUUGGGAUCGUUUCAAUGUAAAUACAACGCACAGCGCUUUCUUAUACUCAGUACAGGAGAGAGGCUAUUUAAUUUCAUUAGGACAAAUGGCUGACAAAGCUUUGAAUAUUAUAUUUGAAUUGAAAAAUUUCGGUUGGCUAGACCGUCAAACGCGUCACAUUCAAUUGGAAGUAACUAUAUUGAAUCAGGAAACAGUUUCUCAGGCUGUUUGGUCAUUUGAAUUCAAACCUUUUGGCGGCAUAAUAACAACAGUUAGAAGUGAUUCUUUAAACUUGUAUAGAUAUACAGGAGCCGGUGGUCUAGUUAGACUUGUGUUUGAAGCUAUUGUAAAGCUUGAUCCAACAAUGUUGGCAGAAGAUCACAAAGUGUUCGAAUACAUCACGAAAUCUAUCUGCAAAAUGUUCUCUAAGGAUAUUGGCGCUAAAGAAAAUCUCAAGAGUGAACAUGUUAAUAAAUUUACAGAGCUAAAUAAUAGAAUAGAUCGUUUGGAAGAGUUUAUCUUUUCGUCGGAUAUUUCCAAAGAUCUUGAACAGCUAAAAGUUAUAUUGGUUGAAUUAAAACUCCAAAAUAUUUCUUGUUUAACUAAUGAAAUGUUGGAUAGCAAAACAUACAAAAAAUGA